AUGACUGAAACCACAACACCAUAUUCUACUACUGAAACCACAACACCAUAUUCUACUACUGAAGCCACAACAUCAUACUCCUCUACUGAGACCACAACACCAUACUCUACAACUGAAACCACAAUGACAUACUCUACUACUGAAACCAAAACACCAUACUCCACUACUGAAAUCACAACACCAUAUUCUACUACUGAAACCACAACACCAUACUCUACAACUGAAACCACAACGCCAUACUCUACAACUGAAACCACAACACCAUACUCCACUACUGAAACCACAACACCAUAUUCCACUACUGAAACCCCAACGCCAUACUCCACUACUGAAACCACAACACCAUACUCCACUACUGAAACCACAACACCAUACUCCACUACUGAAACCACAACACCAUACUCCACUACUGAGACCACAACACCAUACUCUACUACUGAAACCACAACACCAUACUCUACAACUGAAACCACAACGCCAUACUCUACAACUGAAACCACAACACCAUACUCCACUACUGAAACCACAACACCAUACUCCACUACUGAAACCACAACGCCAUACUCCACUACUGAAACCACAACACCAUACUCCACUACUGAAACCACAACACCAUACUCCACUACUGAAACCACAACACCAUACUCUACUACUGAAACCACAAUGACAUACUCUACAACUGAAACCACAACACCAUACUCUACAACUGAA